CUGAACCGAACCGAACCGCCACAAAAUCUGUAAAGCUCCGUCCUGGUGGCCAACCUAUCACCCAAGAGCUUUAAACGGCCUCUUCUAGUCGCUACACAAUCACGAACGCCACGUUAUGAGUUUGCUCUUGCUGCAGCAACUAUGUUUCCAUGCAGUACGUAGCGUGCGCAGGCUGAAGCCGGCAGCGAGCCUAACAAGCAUCAACAACGAGCAGACAGAAUACAACGACGAGGAAGAUGGGUACUUCGAAGAGGAAGAGCGCGAGGGCACCCCCUCAAUUGCGCUCUCGGACAACGAGGAGCCAGGGCAAGGCGUUGUCUGACCCUGCAGAGAGCAGCCAGUUGCUCAAUGAGCAGCUGCGUGCUAUGGGGUUGUACGCCGCUCCAACCCUCGGUGACGGCAAUUGCCUCUUCCGUGCCCUCUCUGAUCAGCUCUACGGCACACCGUCGUACCACCUCAAGCUCCGGCAGGACAUCUGCGCUUGGAUAGCAUCACAUAAGCAGCGGUACGGGCCGUUUGUGGAUGACGAGAGAGGGAUCGAUGUGCAUCUGGAAUGCAUGCGGCAGCCAGCCACGUACGGCGGGCACCUCGAGCUGUCCGCAUUUGCGCACAUGACGCGGCGGGAUGUGAAGGUGAUCCAGCCAGGACUCGUCUACGUGAUUGAGUGGGCGGCGGGCAGUGACUCCAAUGUUUUAUAUACGGAGGCCAACAACUCGACGUCGACAUCUGUCACCGAGGCGUCGACAUCAACGAUAAACACACCCAGUGGGCGUGAGAAACGGCGCGUGGCUCGUGAUCGCAAGCGCGCUGAGUGCGAGAAAGCCCCGCCCUUGCCCCCGCCAACGUCCGAAGACGGACAACCUCCGGGACCAAUUUAUGUUGCAUACCACGACUAUGAGCAUUUCUCCUCUAUUCGUAACCUCCGCGGACCGCACGCAGGACAUCCGGAUGUUAUUGAGACACCUGUCCCGGAUGCGCUCCGUGCUGUACCUUCUGUAUCACCAGCGAGAAAAAAGCCACCGUCUAAGGUCAAGGCGAAGCCGGAUUCGAAAUCUGCGCCACGGCAACCAGCAAAGACCCAUACUGCUGUCGUUGCAAAGGCCGAGAUAGAAGAGCCGAAGACGCCGUCACAGAUUCCGUUGCCGAUGUCGCGUUCGCCCUCUCCACUCAUUGCUUCCCGAGCGUCGCCGGCUCCAGCCCAUCUUUCGCUCGAGAUCUCGCGGUCGUACCGCUCGCCGAAACGAACAUUCGACGAGUCCUCUGCAUCAUCUCAGGCUCAAUCGGAGUCCUCACAAGGGGCAGCCAAGCGUGCAAAAAGUUGCUCGCGCCCGACAUCACGGACUUCGAAUCGUGACAUCUCCGGACUUCCUGAGUCCCGCAGCAUUGACAUGCAGAUCGACGACGUGGAUGUUGAUCUUGAUACUCCAGACCUCUCCGUCUCCGGGUCAUCUACUGCUUCGGAGAGCUCUUUGUCCUCUGCACCCUCUCGCGCGCCGACACCCCCACCUGCCCCGCCAGAGAGACCUCUCACCCGGCGCCAGCGCAAGGCGCUUGGGCUUCCCAAACCUCGCACGGCUUUUGUCGCAAGUACCCAUGCACGACGGAGAGCCAGCGCAGGCAAGAUCGUUAUACCAGGCGGUAGAUACAAGAAGCCGUCUAGCAAGCCUGCGCGGCAGCAUGAUAUAGAUAAUGGCGACACUGACGAGUCUCAUGCGGAGUGGAAACGCAACGGCACUGGGAGGGUGGACGUCCGUGGCUUCAGGGAGUUGAAGAUCUAGCCCAUGCCCGAACCUGUGGGGUCGCCUGUCCUCCCGUGUUGUCCACCCCCGGUCGGCGGCAGACGCUGUCACCUUUUACUCUGCUCAUCCAACCAUGAUUUGUGCAUUUUAUUUUCAGUGCAAGCUCUUCUGCACUUACAAUUUCCACAACCUGCAUUUGCUUCAUGCUUUGCAUCAGGACUCUGCAUCUGCAUCUAUCUGCAACCCCACACCCACUGUGAGCUUCGUGUCCAGAAGAACGGCGCUCGGAUCUCUGUAUCGAUUAUU